ACAUUGUUUUCGAUUCAGUUUUGAUUUGGUUAUACAAGAGUAAGCACACGCAACCAGCCCAAAGCCAACUAGAAAAUAGAAUCAAAACGUACAGAUAGGCAGAAAUUGUCAAAUUGAUUUUUUUUUCGGAAUCGAUUCAUAAGAUCGAAUAACUUUCAAAGCAUCUUCACGAUAAAUCCGCUUUUUUUCUCUUCCUUCUAUCUUUCGCAAACGUUUUUCGUGAAAGAAAUUAAUAGAGAGAAAAAGAAUAUAUAGAAAGCGUCAGAAUUUGCUUCAAACUGUUAUUUUCCAAAAGAAAAGACGAAAAACUUGAUGAAUAAUUAUCGUUAUUGGUACGAGAGUGUGUGCGUGUGUUCGCUUAUUUUAAUUUUGAAAAAAGAAAAAUUUUCCAUUCAGCAACGAACGCUGAAUAUAACGAGACGAAUUUUUUAAAACGACUCGUCCACAUUGUCGGCGAAAUCGAAUUUAGAAUAUAAUUUCAAAAAACUUAAACAAUUCAUCGAUUACAUCGAGAGACAACGCAUUUUUUUUUUUGAAACUCUCUUUCUCUCUCUCUCACUUCAAUUGAACAAACCGAAAUAAAAAUUGUUGUUGUAGAAAUUCGCGCAUGAAAAAUAAAUUUGAAAAAAUUCAAGUGAAAGCCGGCCAAAAUUAUUCGAUACAGGCAAACGGAAAAUUGAAGUUUUUUCUUGUAAAUCGUCUGUGUACAUCGAGGUUGUGAUUCGGGUAAAAAGUUUAUAAAAAUCGAAUAAAACAUUAAAUAAAAACAACGAUAGCAGCAGCAACUUUCAUACCAUACCAUUUAAGCGAAUCAAAGAGGCUAGUGUCAGCAGAAAUACAACGGGUCGUAUUGUACUGGAUCUAGUUAAUUCAAGGUCUGUUCGGUGGCAUUAAAAAUCGGCUACAACGGCGACAACAACGACGAGAAUAACAACAACGGCGAACGAAAAAAAUUGAUCAACAUCUUCAGUGAGCGAUAAUCAAAAGUGCGUCAAAUGCAAGCGAAUGAAUUAUUGCAAUUUACAAUAAUAAAAAGCAUAAAUUACUUGACCAGUUGGUGUAUGCAUCAAAGUAAGACUACGUAACGAAAACUGCAUCUUGUGUGCACAGGCAAAAGUGUAAAAGCGAUAGAAAGAGUGAUAGCGAUAUCUUAUUGAAAAAUAAAUCAUUUGAAUUUUGUGUUGAUUUUUUUUCGGCAUUCUAAUCGUCAUUCGAAAUUUACUUAUUGUUUUGGUUGAUUGUUGGUCACAAAAUUUAGCGAACCGAAACUCGUUGGGACGAACGUACGCGAAAUAUAUACGAAAUUUAAAAUAAUUUUUUUUUUCAAUCGCGUGAGUGAAAAAGCUUGAGAGAGAAAAAACCGAAUAGCGACACCGAUUGAAAAAAAACAACGGACGCAACCGAUUGGUAGAUCGAUCCAUCCAAAAAAAUCAGUAUUUCCAUCAGUUUGAGCUUUGUGCUGGACGCUCACGGAAUCACGGUUUAUCAUUGACGCGGGGUCACAAAUUUAGCUGUGAUAAUAUACCACAUUCACCUAAACCCGAGACAUAAACGAGAUAAAUUAAACAGAUACAUUCAAACAACAUACAUUGUUUACGAACAACUUCUUUUACGUCAUCCGAAUUCAUUUAGAAUUUCUUCAAAUGUUUUCAAUGGUCGAGUGCUACACCGAAAUGGGACACAUUAUCGGCCAAGACUACGGUCUUAAGCAGCAUUUUAUGGAUCAAAUUGAAUUUGAUCAUGUUACACAAGUCAUCGCCUAUCAUCCAAGUUAUUUGGAACACUUUUUGAAGAUUCAAACAUUCAUAAUGCACGCUGAUGGACCAUUACCGUAUGAAUAUCGACACUACCUCGCCAUCAUUGCUGCUGCACGUCAUCAAUGCGUUUAUUUGGUGAAUUUGCAUAAGAAAGAGUUUCUCGAUCAGCAUGGCGAUCCGAAUUGGUUGAAAGGUUUGGACUUUAUACCACCGAAACUUCGUGCCAUUUAUGAUAUGAACAAAAUACUUGCACAUCGACCAUGGCUUUUAAAUAAGGAACACAUUGAGCGCUUGACCAAAGGACCGAAUAAUUGGUCAUUAUCCGAAGUAGUGCAUGCAAUUGUUUUGCUGUCCCAUUUUCAUUCGUUGUCAUCGUUUGUGUUUUCAUGUGGUUUAACACAAGAAUUGGAUCCAACAUCUAGUCAAAAAUACAAUAAAAAUGUGCAAAAACCAAGCGGCAACACAUCACCGCCAAAUCGAUGGGGAUUUGGUAAUCGUUCCAAUUCAAUAGGUCAAAGUAGACAAGAGGUCAGUGUUGAUGCUUUGAUGCAACGCAUGCGUACACUGUCGCAGAAGCAGGAUGAAUGCAGCGAAACUGAAUUGAACGAUCGCUUUAAAACGGUCGAAAUGCAGGCACACGAAUUACCCGACACCAUAAAAGAGCCAAUUAUCGAGAUUCCCGAAAAUAUCAAUCAUUUCAUCGAAGAUCCAUUGUUUACAUAUCAAGAUUUUACACGACGUGGUGCCGAAAAUGUGCCAAGCACAUUCCGUGUACAAGACUAUUCAUGGGACGAUCACGGUUUUUCAUUGGUAAAUCGUUUAUACAAUGACGUUGGCCAUUUGUUGGAUUUGAAAUUCCGAUCUGCAUACAAUUUAACAUAUUUCACAAUGGCCGAUAAAACCAAUGUCGAUACAUCGAAAUUUCGACGUGCCAUUUGGAAUUAUAUUCAAUGCAUCUAUGGCAUUAGACACGAUGAUUACGAUUAUGGUGAAGUGAAUCAACUGUUGGAACGAUCAUUGAAAAUGUUCAUAAAGACCGCAUGCUGUUUUCCGGAGCGCAUCACUAAGAAAGAUUACGACAGUAUUUUAACGGAAUUGAAACACAGUGAAAAGGUUCACGUAAAUCUAAUGAUACUCGAAGCCCGAAACCAAGCAGAACUAUUGUAUUCAUUGCGCGAAAUCAUGAGAUACAUGACGUGAUUUGCGAUUACGGCAAAAUAAUUUCAAUGAAUUGAUCCCAUUUUAUGAUGUAAUUGAUUUAACGUUAGUGGAGAAACACAGAGAAGGGUGACUUCUCACACGUCAUCGCCGACUCUAUUUUGAUGAAAAUGAUCUAGUUUUUUCUAUUGAAGACAAUCAUAAAACGAUAUAGACACAUAAACUAUUUUAUUGUGCCAUUGACACAACAACAAAAGACCGGUUUCAUUCAGUAAACAAACACACACAUACACAAAACUAUAAAUCGAGAUUUCUUGUAUGCUUUUAUCAUCGGCUCGAAACUAAGUCUUUUUUUAUAGAUUUAAAUUUAGUGGAUUAUGAAAUGCAUAUACAUAAAUAGACAUUUAAAGAAUCAAAUAACAUUUGUGGACAGAAGAAGAGAAAAAUACAAUUAGGUGGUUAGAGCCGGGAAUAUGCCUAAAACAAUUGUAUGUUUCGUUCAUU